GAGACGUUCUUAUAAAAGCGUUGUCGCAGCUGGUUUCGCCAUAUUGUCUGACACAAAGCAAGUUGAAAUAACAAGUGAAUUAAAAGUGCGUGCAUUAAAGGCGUUUUAAAGAUGCAGAUCUUCGUGAAAACUUUGACUGGUAAAACCAUUACCUUGGAAGUUGAGCCUUCUGAUACCAUCGAGAACGUCAAGGCGAAAAUCCAGGAUAAGGAAGGUAUUCCCCCAGACCAGCAGCGUUUGAUCUUCGCUGGCAAACAACUCGAGGACGGACGCACCUUGUCCGAUUAUAACAUCCAGAAGGAGUCCACUUUGCAUUUGGUUUUGAGAUUGAGAGGCGGUAUGCAGAUCUUCGUCAAGACUCUGACUGGCAAGACCAUCACUCUUGAAGUCGAACCAUCUGACACUAUCGAAAACGUAAAAGCCAAGAUCCAAGACAAGGAAGGUAUCCCCCCAGAUCAACAACGUCUUAUCUUCGCCGGUAAACAACUAGAAGACGGCCGUACUCUUUCUGAUUACAACAUCCAGAAGGAGUCCACCCUUCAUUUGGUAUUGCGUCUCAGAGGUGGAAUGCAGAUUUUCGUCAAGACUUUGACUGGCAAAACUAUCACAUUGGAGGUAGAGCCGUCUGACACUAUUGAAAAUGUGAAGGCCAAAAUUCAGGAUAAGGAAGGUAUUCCCCCAGAUCAGCAGAGAUUGAUUUUUGCCGGAAAACAGCUAGAAGAUGGACGUACUCUCUCUGAUUACAACAUUCAGAAAGAGUCUACUCUUCAUUUGGUUUUGCGACUUCGAGGAGGUAUGCAAAUUUUCGUGAAAACUUUGACUGGCAAGACCAUUACUCUUGAAGUUGAACCCUCUGACACUAUCGAAAACGUAAAGGCCAAGAUCCAAGAUAAAGAAGGCAUUCCUCCAGAUCAACAACGUCUCAUUUUCGCUGGCAAACAACUAGAAGACGGACGCACCCUUUCUGACUACAAUAUCCAAAAGGAGUCGACUCUUCAUUUGGUGUUGCGUCUGAGAGGUGGAAUGCAAAUUUUCGUCAAAACUUUGACUGGUAAGACCAUUACAUUGGAAGUGGAGCCGUCGGAUACCAUCGAAAACGUCAAAGCCAAAAUUCAGGACAAGGAAGGCAUUCCUCCAGACCAGCAAAGGUUGAUUUUUGCAGGAAAACAGCUAGAAGACGGCCGCACUUUGUCAGAUUACAACAUACAAAAAGAAUCAACUUUGCACUUGGUUUUGAGACUUCGAGGUGGUAUGCAAAUUUUCGUUAAAACAUUGACUGGCAAGACUAUUACCCUUGAAGUUGAACCCUCUGACACAAUUGAAAACGUUAAGGCAAAAAUUCAAGAUAAAGAAGGAAUCCCCCCAGAUCAGCAGCGUCUCAUUUUCGCUGGCAAACAGUUAGAAGACGGCAGAACUCUUUCUGACUAUAAUAUUCAAAAAGAGUCGACUCUUCAUUUGGUACUACGUUUGAGAGGCGGUAUGCAAAUUUUCGUAAAGACUUUGACCGGCAAAACGAUUACGUUGGAAGUAGAGCCAUCUGAUACUAUUGAAAAUGUGAAAGCCAAAAUUCAAGACAAAGAAGGCAUUCCUCCAGAUCAACAAAGAUUGAUCUUCGCCGGUAAACAAUUGGAAGAUGGUAGGACCCUGUCAGAUUACAAUAUCCAGAAGGAAUCGACUCUCCACUUGGUUUUGCGUCUCCGUGGUGGUAUGCAAAUCUUCGUCAAGACUCUAACUGGAAAAACUAUCACUUUGGAAGUAGAACCGUCUGACACUAUUGAAAACGUAAAAGCCAAAAUACAAGACAAAGAGGGCAUUCCUCCAGAUCAACAAAGAUUAAUCUUCGCCGGGAAGCAGUUGGAAGAUGGUAGGACCUUGUCAGACUACAAUAUCCAGAAGGAAUCGACUCUCCACUUGGUUUUGCGUCUACGCGGUGGUAUGCAAAUCUUCGUCAAGACUCUCACUGGAAAGACUAUCACCUUGGAAGUCGAACCCUCUGACACUAUCGAAAACGUUAAAGCUAAGAUCCAAGACAAGGAAGGCAUCCCCCCAGAUCAGCAACGUCUCAUCUUCGCUGGUAAACAACUGGAAGAUGGGCGCACCCUGUCUGAUUAUAACAUCCAGAAAGAAUCCACCCUUCAUUUAGUAUUGCGACUCAGAGGUGGAAUGCAAAUUUUCGUCAAGACUUUGACUGGCAAGACUAUCACACUGGAAGUAGAGCCAUCUGACACUAUUGAAAACGUGAAAGCCAAAAUUCAGGAUAAAGAAGGCAUUCCUCCAGAUCAGCAAAGAUUGAUUUUUGCGGGCAAACAGCUAGAAGAUGGCCGUACCCUCUCCGAUUAUAAUAUUCAGAAAGAGUCUACCUUACAUUUAGUUUUGCGUCUUCGCGGAGGGCAGUAAUAUUUUUCAAUUUUUUACUUUUUGUUAUUAAAAUUAUGAAUAGAUAAUAAAGAAUUUGAAGACUUA